GAUUUUAAACACCAGUUAUGUGCCGCCAUCUAACAAUGUACUUAAAACUAAUACUCUGCGGAUCCUUGUCAACUUGAUAAAUCGAAUCGGUUUGCUCCAUUCCUGCAACUAAAACUUCUUCUCUGAAGUUGUUCACAUUUCCAAGAUGAUUUCCAAUCAACUUUUCAAUGAAGCCAGGAGGACCGCUCGUCAGGUCGUCAACGCACGUAACAUAGGCAUUCUCGCACCGGCCCUUCAAAAAGCAACCGACCCAAUUCAGCAGUUGUUCCUUGACAAACUCAAGGAGUACAAAUCCAAAGCAGGCUCUGGCUACAAACUUUUUGAACCCAGCCCUGAAGUGCAGAAGGAGCUGAAGAGUGAACUGGAAAAGGUCACCCAGCAGUAUGGUGGCAAUGCUGGUGUAGACAUGACUAAAUUCCCCUCAUUCAAGUUCACUGAUCCCAAGAUUGACCCCAUCAAUAUGGAAAAGUAAAAAGUGAUUCAUUAAAUGUUCUUUUAGAAAAUGUAGGAAUAAAGUCACAAUACUAUGUUUGUUUGUAAGUCUUUAUACCCAAAGAGACAAACAAAUAAAAUAAAUUAAUCAGUUAACAUAAAA